AUGUUCUCAUUCCAGAUGGACCAUUACUUUACUUUUCCCGUCCGCGUUCUGUGCAGUGACACCGGAGAUCUGCUGAAAGAGUGGAAGGACGACGCCCAGGGGCUCUUCAAUCUUCCAUCGACGAACAAGAAACGCAACCUUGUCUUUGAGUUCGACAACUCGCAGUCGACUAUGACAGGCGUGACUGUAAACUUCGAGAUUCACAUCACUCUCGACCCGAGCUAUAGUGUGCAGGCUGACAAGGUUGACCCAAUUGAAAGUAAGGUUCAGGAACUCUACGGCAAGAUGCAAGGUCUUCGCACACUGCAGAAGGCACUGCGCUACAAGCAGAAGGAACACCGCACCACCGUCGAAGCUACGAAGGAGCGAGUGCUCUGGUGGUCCAUCAUGCAGGUCGUGGGUUUCGCUGUUGCGGCGGGAAGCCAGCUGUGGCUGUUGCAGAGUUUGUUGGAGAAGCGCCGCAGUCUUUAA